AUGGGUGCUACAGCUGCUCCUGUCGAAGGCCUUUACCGUGCAGCAAGACCUCAUCUAGGACCAGCGGAAGAGAAGAGGGGUGAAAAGAGAAGGGAAAGCGGAAACGACGGUGCAGGGCGUGGAGCCAAGGUACAGAAAUUGGAGGCACCGAUUCAUCACAGCCUUCUUGGACCAUCGGUCCCCCAGCUAGACCCGGACCUCGAUUCACUUAUUGAUUCCACUUUAUCUGAAGGCGUUCCUGUGCUAGGGGAGGAUUCGUGGCUCCUUGAUGACGACAUAGCCUAUAUGACACCAUCAAGAUUGGAAAGUGAAGAUGCAACGCCUGGUGAGGAGUAUGUGGGCCAGAAGAGACAGGAUGCGCAAGCCAGCCAGAAGACUCCGGGUCUCUACACAGAUGAUUGGUUGUCGAGUGGCGAAGCGGAGGUUGUGGAGGAGGCAUUGGGCCUGAUAGAUUCCAGCAUGACACCUUCUAUAUUGUUAGGUAGUAACGGAGACAGCCUGGAAGGGACAGAAUCUCGCGAGAAAGCAUCCGCUGGCCCUUCCAAAGGCCAAAUGUAUGGGGGGGCAUCGUCCAGCUCUCAAAAAUCAAAACGUGACUCUCUCGUGGAUGCAGCCCAGAAACCAGCAGAAACACCGCCUGGAAUACCGUCGACGUCUACUGAUCCUGAGCAUGCAAGGGCAGCAGGCGUCCUCGAACCAUCUGGGCUUCGACGCUUAUUGUCACCAUCUUUUACUGGUAGCGUCCAACCCUUAACAGGGGAGGGUAGUGAAGCUUCGCUGCAGGUCAUAUCUCCGCAGGCUCAGGUUGCAACCGACAUCCUCGUUUCUUCACGUGGUUGGCUGGAAGCGAUGUUGAGGGGUGUCUCUGAACAGCUUCUCAGAACGCAUCCGUUUUACCGUCUCCCUGAGGUAGAGCCAUCGCCUGGCGGGCGACGUUUUAGCUUUCUUAACGCAGGGGCGUUUCGUUAUAAGAGGCAAAAAAUAGUCUGGGUGCUGUCGGAAUGCAGGUAUGUACUGACGAAGGAGCGGUUGACGAGCAAGGAAUUAGAAGUUCUCCUGGAAAAAACAGAGCACCUGUAUGGAUAUGCAACAGAUCCCAUGCCUGUCUACAGCAACACGAAACCUGCCGUUGAAAUUUUGGGGAGGGUAUUUAUGGUGCUUGAUACUCUAUACUGCGCCACAGAAGUACUUGGCAAUUACGCUAGGAGGGCUGAUUUGUGGCCCGCUGUAGUUCGUCACAUACAAAACGCAGGGUAUCACGGAAACUCCAAGAGACCCGUUUUGGGGAAGACGUAUUCGAGCUCCUCCGUAGUCAGUGCUCUGAGAGUUGCAUUUGACUACUACAGGAGGGGACUAAGGCCUCCGCCACGUCUUGUGGUUAGCUUGAAACUGGCAAUGCUUAUACAACCCAACACCGACGAAUUCCAGGACCGCAAGUGGGACGGCUGGAGAGCAGAUGCCUGGCAUUGGUUCACGUCUAUCAAGCCAAACGCAAAUACAAGCUUGUUGCUAACGAAACAACCACCACAUCGCCGUUUGUGA